GCCAGCACCGGCAGCAAAUUCCAUGGCUGGAUCCAGAAGGCCCAAGCUGCGGGUUAUGAAGUCAAGAUCCACUGGUUCACCUUGGCCGUCGGCGAAGCCUUCAAGCGAGUCGAUCCAGAGGAUGACUGGAUGCCUGCGAGGUUUUAUCAACUGGAAGCUAUGUUGUCCGCAGCCUUCGGCGCGUCGAUGGACAGUAUGAAGAACAAGACCUAUCUCGCUAUGAAAUGGUGGCCUUUCGUCGAUGACGAUGCCACUCCACCGUGGACCGGCGUCGAUGGACACAACGCACUUGAAGACAAUUGGCCGCCACCUCCUGAGAGCACCGAGGCCAGGGACGAUCGACUUCGGUGUCCGUACGAGGACUGUCCUCGUCAUCAGCCUGGACAGGGGAUGUAUGAUCUGAGCAGUCUCAGGAAUCAUAUGUCUCUCCACGAAGAAGGAAAGUUUAGCAACAAACCCAGCAAAUGUUUCGAUCCAAGAUGUACAUAUGACCGCCUGAUCGACGCCGAUGGCGAGACCCGUGGGAAACCCGUUCAAUGGUCGAUAUUCGAGAAGCACGAAGCCCAGCACAUCAAUGGAACAGUCGAGUGUGGCGCCUGUGGUUUGAAGUUUGACAAUGGUUCCUCGCUUCUGUAUCACGUCGAUAAUUUUUGCGUUGUCGACGACGCAUCAUCGAUUCAUCAGAAAUACAUCGACGACCUACCACCAGACCCAAAGAAGGCUGAUCUCGUUUGCGAUGAUUGGCGUUGCGGUGUCAGGUACCGGUACCGGUAUCCUGACGCUUUCCAGGUCCACCUCCAGAGUCACGUCGAUGGCACUCGUGUGUGCGGUGACUGCGGCCUCAAGAUGCACUUCCAAGGUAUAGCUUUACACAGGAAGGAUUAUUGCCCGCGUCGAUUCGACCAGGACAAGGUGGUCAUCAUUACUCACUGGACGUGUCCGGAAAGCCGCUGUGGACUUUCCAUGUCCAUAUUGCAAAAGUCGGCUAUUGCCCUUCACGAAGUCUCGCACCCUAUCGACGGACCGCACCGUUGCUCAGACUGCCAACUGCCUCACGCAAGUCUCGGUGGUCUCGGCCAACACAAACAUCGCGGAUGCUACAACAAGAAGUCUGAGGUCGAGGUUGAUGUCGAUGAGCAGGAGGUUGAGGUCGAGGUCGAUACGGAAGAAAUCGAGGUUGUUCCCCGUAUGACGCGUGCUGCAGCCAAGCGCAAGCGUCAGGGUUGA